AUGUCAUGGGAGGAACGGUAUAGUGUCUGCGUACGAUCAAAGGAUUCGCUACCAAGCCGUGAGCACGUUCUCCGAAACAUCAGUAGCCUGGGUCGCCCUAACCGCGAAGGCUUCACAUAUACCAUUCACAAGAUGCAGUACUACUCCGCUCUCGAACCGCUGUUUCCCCUACGGGGCAACCCCUUGAAUUUGCAUCUAGAGGUGGUGAUGGAGGUGUAUUUUGAGAUAAUCUACAAUGUCUUACCAAAGGUGCAGAGCCGUACAGUUCUUCGGGGUUAUGAACAUACUGCCAAGACGUUCGUUAAGGAGACCUUCAAGCUGAAAACGUGGAAGGAGUUGCGGGCCAACAAUGAGAAGGCAAAAGCUCCACAGAACCAAGGCCUAGAACUACUUGUCUGGGCUAGAAACGCCUCUAGCCCAGACGAGUAA